ACAGAGCCAGAGGGAAACGUCAGGAGAGAAGAGUGAGGCCGGACCUGUUAGACUUGUGUUUGUUAGGAACGUACGUGGGAAAAAGAGAGAGAGGGACUGAAGGAAAGCCGUUUAAAGGAAAGCUUUUAAUGAAAAGAGGACUGGAGGAGAAGAGGAUGCAGGGAAGAAAACACAGAGGAAGAGAACAGAACAGCGAUGUCUGAGGCGGACAGUCACUCUGGAAGUAUAUCUCUGAUCCAGUCCAUGCUGCRCAGACUGAGCACUGCAGAAGACACGGAUCAACCUCCUAACACACACCCUAACGCGCACCGUAACACACACCAACACCCCAGAACCUCAGUGGAAACAGACAGAGGGUUCUAUGUGACCCCUCAGGACCACAAUAAUGCAGAGCUCAUAUUCAAAGGAAAGCUUGUUGCAGUGAUUGAGGAUGAUGAUGGUGGUGAUUGUGUCGAUGAUGAUAAUGAUCCACAAUUGGAAGUUCUGACUGAAAGGGACAACGACCUGGAAUCAUCAGACAGGGAUUCAGAAAGAGAAGAGGGGAAUUCCGGUAUUCCAUUUUUGGAUGCAGGAUUGGAAAAACUGGGCAACGAAGAGGAAACCAGCGAAACCUCCGCUGUGAUUCCCAGAUGGGAGGGAAGGCAGUUGCUGCCCUGUCCCCCUGGCCUGGACGCCAGACCCCCGCUUCCCCCCGUUYCCCCCAAGAGGAGGGCUAAACCACCGCUACACCCUACAGGGCCACCGCCCCCUCCACCUGCCCUCGACCCUAGCCAGAGUGCUCCUGUGUGGGGGAGAGUGGUAGGCGAGGGCCCAGGCUGUAAGCUGAGGCCUACAGGGCAUGGGACAGGGCCUGGAGGCCAGGAGGAGGAUAUGCUAUUGUCCUCAGGGGAUAGGCUGUCAAUAUACUCAGCUGUCAUCCUCAAGUCAGAACGUCAAUUCUCACAGCCCAUUCUGGAUUUUACUCUGGGCUCGACAGCACAGAGGGGUGGGGGGGUGCAGCAGUUGGAGACGACUGUGUCCAUUGCAACACAGGACCCUUCCAAGCUGMGGGAGAAGGAUAUAGGGCACCCCCCUAAAUCCUCUGAGCCGAUGGGGGUAAUGGGGAUAACCAAACCGUUUGAAUUGACCGCACCCAAGCCACUUAUGUCAAAACCUCCAUGCAGAAACAGAUCUCUGCCAAAGGGACCUGACGGGAGAGCCCAGGACAGCCCAGAUGGAAGUGCCUCUUCUGGGUCUGAAACGAGAGACAUCCCCCCUGGCCUCCAGUCUAUACCUCCAGAGACAGAGGGAGUCAGAGAACACCAGAGUCUAGCAAACACAUCGCAGAUGGAAGCGAGAGCUCCAGGACCCCUGCAGAGAUUCGGUGUAACACGGAGGAGGAGGUUUGUUAGAAGGGGGGAGAAUUUAGAAGGCACACAGGAAUUGUGGUUCAGGACACUGUGA